CGCGACAACCCGCUUUGGCCAUUAGGUAGAGUUAUGAUCCCACCAGCAACAAGCGGCCACUGUAGUCCCCGUCGCAAAGCGCAUCACGCUCGCUGAGCAAGGCGCCGCCAGCAUCAAUCUUCGUUCAGCCUGUUUUGUCGUCCCUUGUCCUCGCGCUGCCCGACAGGCAGCACCCGCCGCCACCAUGUAUAUCAAGCAGAUCAUCAUCCAGGGCUUCAAGAGCUACAAGGACCAAACGGUCAUGGAGCCCUUCUCGCCCGGCACCAACGUCAUUGUCGGCCGCAACGGUUCGGGAAAGAGCAAUUUCUUCGCCGCGAUUCGAUUCGUCCUCAGCGAUGCCUACACGCAGAUGGGCCGCGAAGAACGCCAGGCGCUUCUCCACGAGGGCUCCGGCUCGGCCGUCAUGUCGGCUUACGUCGAGGUCAUUUUCGACAACAGCGACGACCGCUUCCCAACGGGCAACAAGGAAGUCAUCCUGCGACGCACAAUCGGCUUGAAGAAGGAUGAAUACUCGGUUGACAAGAAGGUCGUGACAAAAACGGACGUGAAAAACCUGCUCGAGGCUGCCGGUUUCUCCAGCUCGAACCCGUACUACAUUGUGCCCCAAGGUCGCGUCACCGCCCUCACCAACAUGAAGGAGUCGGACCGUCUCACCCUUCUCAAGGAAGUCGCGGGUACUCAUGUGUACGAGUCACGGCGAACAGAAUCUCUCAAGAUCAUGACCGACACCAACAACAAGCGCGAGAAGAUCGACGAACUGCUCGAGUACAUUAAGGAACGCCUGAGUGAGCUGGAAGAGGAGAAGGAAGAGCUGCGAGGGUACCAGGACAAGGACCGCGAGCGGAGAUGUCUUGAGUAUGCAUACUACCACAAGGAGCAGGUUGCUGUGCAAGAUGCCCUUGAGGAACUCGAGGAGUCGCGACAAGGUGGCAUCGAAGACACGGACGAGAACCGCGAGGCCUACACAGCAGGUGAGAAGGUCAUCGCCUCUCUCGAUGCCGAGAUUCACAAGCUGCAACAACAAAUGGAGUUGCUUCGCAUCGAUCGUAGACAACUCGACGAAGACCGGAAGGAGAGCGCGAAGGCGAGGGCCAAGGCCGAGUUGGCAGUCAAGAGUCUGUCAGAAAGCGUGAGCGCGCAAGACCAAGCACAAGCACAGCACGAUGCAGAGCUUGCCAACGUCAAGAGUGCCAUCAAGACAAAAGAGGCUGAGCUCGCAAAGAUUCUGCCCACACUCGAGAAGCGCAAGAGCAAGGAGGCCGAAGUCAAGCAAGCUUUGGAUACCGCAGAAAGCGGACGGCAGCGACUUUUCACCAAACAGACUCGAAGCAGUCAGUUCAAGAACAAGGCCGAGCGCGAUGCUUUCUUGAAGGAGGAAAUCAAUAACUACAACAUGACCCUCAGCCAGCAAAAAGCCACUCGUCUCGAUGCUGAAGAAGAAGUCAAGACUAUUCAGGUGUCUAUCCAGCAGCUAGAAGCCGACGUGGCGGCAUUGCGUGUGAGGAAUGAGGGUUUCGGUGAUGAGCGGUUUGCGCUCGCCGAGGAAAUCAACGCUGCCAAGGACGUGCUGGAUAAGCUUAACGACGAACGCAAGCUACUCAGACGUGAGGACGACAAGCUCGAAACCAUCAAGGCGAAUGCCCGUGGAGAGCGUGACAAUGCCGAGCGCGAUCUUGCUCAUACCAUGGACCGUGCAACAUCAAGAGGCCUGGCUACGAUACGACGACUUAAGCAGGAGCAGAAUAUCCCCGGCGCUUAUGGCACCCUGGCAGAACUGAUGGAGGUCAGCGAAGCAUACCGGUUACCUGUUGAGCAGAUUGCUGGUGCGAGCUUGUUCCACUACGUUGUUGACAACGAGGACACCGCCACGUACCUUGCGAACGCCUUGCAGAAGCAGUUUGGAGGCAGAGUCACCUUCAUGCCACUAACGAAGCUCCGAGUGCGGCCGGCGAACCUGCCCAAGGCGAACGACGCUGUCCCCCUGCUCACCAAGAUACAAUACGACCCCAAGUUUGAGCAAGCAUUCCAGCAAGUUUUCGGUAACACGAUCAUUUGUCCCAACUUGACCAUUGCCGGCCAGUAUGCCCGGAAUCACGGCUGCAAUGGCGUAACACCAGAUGGUGACACGACAAACAAGCGCGGCGCCAUGACUGGCGGUUACAUUGACACUCGCAAGUCGAGACUCGAGGCUGUGCGGGCAGUCAACAAGUGGCGUGACGAGUUCGAUGCUCUCCAGGCCAAGAGUGACGAGAUUCGGCGGCAGAUUGAACGCAAGGACCAGGAGAUCACCAACGCUCUAGGCAGGCUCCGCAAGCUGGAGCAGAAGCUGCGACAAAUGGAGGAUGGCUAUGGCCCGUUACUUACGGAGCUCAACGCCAAGAACGUGCAAAUCGACCGCGAGAGGGAUCGUCUGGAGGGUGCCAGCAAGCGGCGAGAGAAUGUGGACCGCAACAUGAAGGAGUUCAGCAGUGCUCUGAGCGCGUACGAGGCAGAGCUGGCUUCCGACUUCAAGAAGGCAUUGUCGGCCAGCGAAGAGAGGGAGCUCGAGACGUUGAGCUCAUCAGUCCAGGCGCUCCAGAAGGAGUGGAAUGAGAUUAGUGCCAGUAGACGUGAGAUGGACAGCCAGAGGAGGAUACUCGAGCACGAUCUGCGCCACAACCUGCAGCUUAAACUCGAUCAGCUCACAAGCCAAGCUUUUGAGACAGCUUCCGGCGGUGGCUCCAAUCUCAAGGAGGCCAAGCGCGAGCUCAAGAAGGCCCAGGCUGCCGCUGCCACAAUCAAGAGCAAGCUGGAGGAGAACAUGCAGCAGCUCGACGCUGCCGAGACCAAGGUGUCCAGUCUCGAGAAGCAGAAGGCUGAGAAGGACGCCGAGCAGCAGGAGAUUGAGAAGGAGAUCCUUAAGCAACAGAAACGAAUGGAGAAGAGCAUCCAGAAGAAGGCACUGCUGACAGCCAAGGCUGUCGAGUGCGCCAAGAACAUUCGUGAGCUCGGUGUGCUGCCGGACGAAGCGUUCGAGAAGUACGAGAGGCUAGAAGUGAAGAUUAUCGGCACACGGCUCAAGAAGGUCAACGAUGCCCUCAAGAAGUACAAGCACGUCAACAAGAAGGCUUUCGAGCAGUACAACAGCUUCACGAACCAGCAAGAGCAGCUGCUCAAGCGCAGACAGGAGCUCGACAAGUCCCAGGAGUCGAUUGAAGAGCUCGUUGCCCAUCUCGACCAGCGCAAGGAUGAGGCCAUUGAGCGGACAUUCAAGCAAGUCUCGAAAGAGUUUGCCACCAUCUUUGAGCGCCUCGUUCCGGCGGGACAUGGACGCCUCGUCAUUCAGCGGAGAACAGAUCGCCGUGUCGACCCAGACGAGUCGGACGAGGAGCAGAGGAGCAGUGUGGAGAACUAUACUGGUGUCGGCAUCAGCGUCUCGUUCAACUCCAAGGUCCUGGACGAGCAGCAGAGAAUCCAGCAAUUAUCUGGUGGUCAAAAGAGUUUGUGUGCUUUGUGUCUGAUCUUUGCGCUGCAAGCCACAGAGUCCAGUCCAAUGGUCAUCUUUGACGAGGUCGAUGCCAACCUGGACGCUCAGUACCGCACAGCAGUCGCAGGACUGCUCGACUCCAUCUCAAAAGAGGCUGGCACGCAGUUCAUCUGCACCACCUUCCGGCCGGAGAUUGUCCUCGUUGCCGACCGAUGCUACGGCGUGCUGUUCAGGAACAAGAACAGCACCAUCAACUGCGUCAGCACGGAGCAAGCGCUGGAUUUCGUCGAGGGCCAAGCACCGCGGUAGAUGAGUCCUCGGCAGGCGUGUGUCAUGGCGAAGGAGAGCAUAGAAGAUAUCCCAGAGUUUUCAGAUAAGCAGCAGGGUUUCGUUGUGAAAGGGAGUUUGCGGGUGGUCCACUGGGUUUGAUCAUGUUAACAUGCAGAUACUGUGGUAUUGUGUACGUUUUGUGAGCUUGUGCGUACCCAUGAGCAUAGAUCUU